GAUUGGGAAAUGUUUUGGUACUUUAGAAUAGGUUUUAUGGUGUGAAAGUGUUUUAUGGAUUGUUUACAGACUUUUCUGAUAGAAAUAUACUGUUUUGAGGUAUUUUUAAUGAUUUUUAGGAUAAAAAUGAGCUCAAAAAGGAACAAUAGUCUUCAAAAAGUUGUUAGAAUGAGUAAAAUGACUAAACUUCAGAAGAAUUUCAUAUCAAAUAAGCAUACAUUUGACAGAAGAGAGGUAAUGAACUCGCCUAACAAGAGGAAAGUUAAGAAGGAGAAAUCUUCAAAACAAAUCAAUAUUGACACAAAUGAUUUGGAAGACAGAAGGAAAUCAAAAAGUAGGAAGAAUAUCACUGUUGAGAGAGAGUUGCCUAACAAAACUUUUGAUGCAAGAUUAAUGUACAGAACUGCUAAGAAAGAUCAGUUAAAAUAAGAUGAAUUUUCACAAAUAUGUGUCUAAAACUGGCAGAAGAGAGCAUACUUCUGGAUCGAAAGGCAGAGGUCUUACAGUCGAUGGCGAUGAAGGUUCAAAGAAGCUCCCACCUUUAAGAGGUAGAGACAUAACUAAGUCGUAUGAUUAUGAAGAUAAUGGAAUAUUGAGAGAGCGUAGUGAGGAUAUACUUCCUAAUGAAGUUCCAUGGCAUCAUCCUAACAGGUCGAUUCGGACAAAUAAAAUUGUGAAUCUUUACGAGGGAUCAAUGAUGGAACUUUUAGCUACCUCGACACAAGGCUCUGGGCUUAUCAGAAACAAUAAGCAUGUUAUCUCCCAUAGACCGUAUGACAAAAAAAUUUCUGCUAGAAAUUCAGGCUAUAUUGAUCCUAAUGAGAGGGAGAAAAUUUAUAUCAAAAGACAUCUUCUAAAAACCAGGGGUGUCACUGCUCUGACCAAGUCAGUCAAUAUAGAUACUUCCACAGCUAUUACCCUUAUUAACGAUAUUGAGAAGAAGAAAACCAUGAAGGAUGCCAAGAAGUUGGAGAAUAUUGAUCUCAGAAGGUUGAUCCAGAAGACAAACAAAGACUUUAAGAUUGCUCUGUACAAGCUUUGCAAAGCAACACAUGAUAUGAAGCCAAAGUCGUUAAUAAUCAAUACUCCUACAGAAUUUGAAGUGAUCGACACGAUCCCAACACUAUUCAAGGUGUCUCUUGAAGGAUUGAAACCACCUAUAACACUCAACAUUACAUAUCUCAGUGCUGUAAAAGAUUUGAUUGUAUAUUACUCUUGGAAGAAUUAUGACCCGGAUAAAGAAGAUCAUGAUGGUGCAUAUAAGAACCCAAACAGGAUUUAUUUGAAUAAUAAAAUGAAGGGCAAUAUUAGGCCAGGGUGCAAAGCAUACUUUUCACUCCAUUCAUAUAAAGGGAAUUUUGUUAGGAUAACUGCCCGUCCGAAUAAAGAGAAAGCUAAUAUGUCUCAAAAUCUUGUUCAAGAAAAUAAAGAAUAUGCUAUGAUCAACCAUGGAUCAGCUUUUGAUGCCAAAAUGGCUGAUUCUAUGAUAGACACCAUCCAAGAGAUGAAGUCUACUAAUGAAGUUUACAUUCCUGAGGUCAAUGUAGAGCCGAAGCUGCAAAGCUUGGCCAAUGACCCAUUACAUUUCCAAGCCUUCAGCAUGGUAAUUGACAAGGUAAGGGAAAGAAUGAAGAAGAACAAGUUGAAGCUCCAAGGCAAUAAUUUUAUGAAGAAAAAUAUUGCUCUGAUAAAGCACUGGCAUGAAUAUAAGAAUGAAAAACGAGAGAAAGUUGGAUUCUAUCACAGUAAUAUUGAAAAUGUCCAGAAAAAGAGAGACCUUAUAUUGAAACUUAAAAGGGAAAAGAAAGGUAUUCAGGUGAAAGAAAAAGAGAAAUUAAAGGAAGAAGAGAGACAGAUUAGGAAACAACAAAAUUUAGCCAAUUCAUGGUACUUGCUACUAGCUCAAAGCAAGAUGAAGCAACAUAUAUCAACAAUCAACAAUUUAUUCCAGUCAAAAAUGUAUGAAAUCAGGGUAGAAGAGCGUAAAGCCUUCAUAAAAUGGAGACUAAGGUUCGUGACUAGCCUAUAUCUCAAGAAAAGAGGCGAAACUGUUGAAGUCAGGAACUUCAGAGAUAUCAAGAAAUGCAUGAACUUCGCACAUGUCAUGAAGGAGGUUAAGUCCUCAACGGCAGCAAAGACGAUAAAGAUGUUUUUAGAAGACAGAAUCUCACUGAAGUCUCUUAGGACAAAGACUAUCUCAACCCAUUUUAGACUCACCCGGCUAGCCAGAUUCUGUAAGAAGAAUUAUGAAGAAAAUGAGAAGAAGAGAGAUAAGCUUGAUUUUGAAUGGAGGAUGGCACAAGGGACUCUUAUUACCAAGUUCAGCACCGAUGGCUCAGAGAAAGCCCUAGCAAAGGAACAAAAGCUUAUUAAUUUCGACCCAGAUUUUAAGAGAGAGAUUUUGACGGAGUACUUAGAUAGGUGUAAACUCAGACAUGCAAAUAUGUUCAAUAAAUGGAGGGUACAUAAUGAAGGCAAAAGAAUCGUUGGCAAUGCAAGCGGGCUCGUUGAUACAGGCAUCUUUAUGAUUACACAAGGCGAUCAGAAUCCUGAAGAGGAGAGGAUAAAAUCUCUCCGUUCUUUGGGAUAUUAUAGAGGAGAUAAGAAAACUUUAAAUGAAUCUUUAAAGAGAUUGACGACUAUGACUCAUGGUGACGAUAAAAGCAAAAACAUUCAAGCUUUACCAAGAACAAUAACAGAUAAGGAAAUAUUUAGCGAUGAUAGCGAACUCUCUGAAGGAGGCUAUGAUCAGACCAAAUUCGAAAGCGAAGCUAUAGAAUACCUAGAAGGCCUGCUAAAAGUAGAAGCCCCACCAGUCCUCAUCUACAUCCCCACCGAAAAAGUCAUGAGACAAUUGAUUUUAAGAAAUCUUUAA